CUAUUAUAUAAAAAAAAUGUAAUCCCCGUCUAUAAUUGUCAUAAUACUUAUAAUAAUGAAAAAUUGAAUAAAUUUCUUAUUCCUUUUCGAAUUUAUCCAAACAAUUUCAAAUAUUGUAAAUGGAUCUAGCAAAUUUAAACGACACAUGUCCGGGAAAUCUACAGGGUGUGUCGAGAUAUUUAUUUUUAGCUUUGAUUACUAAUUUCGUCGAUUCUAAAUGUAAAUUAGGCUCUAUCCAACAGUACAAUGAAAAUUACGCUUCAUAUUUACAAGACGGGGACGAAUUUGAUUUUAUAGUAAUCGGUUCUGGUUCGGGAGGAUCUGUGGUAGCUAACAAACUAAGCGAGAACCCAAAUUGGAAAAUUCUUGUUAUAGAAGCCGGAGGAUAUCCAUCUGCUACUAGUGAUAUACCUGCCCUUUUGUUCACACUUCAAGGUACUGAUGAAGACUGGCAGUAUAAAACUGAACCUUCCGAAACUUCUUGUUUCGGUUUUAAAAACGAACAAUGUAGAUGGCCGAGAGGUAAAGCACUAGGAGGUAGCAGCGUUCUCAAUGUCAUGUUGUACAUAAAAGGAAAUAAGAGAGAUUACGAUCGAUGGGAGCAAAUGGGUAAUGUAGGAUGGGGAUGGGACAUCGUACAACAUCAUUUCAAACAACUGGAAAAUGUACAGCACCCAAAUGUUAGCAGCAAAUAUGGACGGGAGGGAUUUAUGACAUUGACUAAAUAUAGUAUGGGUCUUCCAGUGAUGAAUGCUAUAAGGGAAACGUUAAAAGAACAAGAUUUUCCCAUACUACAAGAAGAAAACCCGACAAAUCCUCUAGGAACCUUAGAAACGUUCGUUUGUAUAAACAACGGUAUGAGAUACAAUACAGGAAAAGCGUUUUUAGGAACGGUUAAAAACAGACCUAAUCUUUAUACCACCCUACAUUCAUUGGUAGAAAAAAUAAUAAUCGAUCCAGAAACUAAAACAGCAACGGGAGUACAAAUUCGUAUUGAAGACAAGAUAUUGACAGUUAAAUCGAAAAAAGAAGUUAUAGUUUCUGCCGGAACGAUAAAUUCACCUCAAUUAUUAAUGUUAUCUGGGAUAGGACCUAGACACGUUUUAGAAAGAUUGGAUAUAGAGGUGAUCCAAGAUCUUCCCGUUGGAGCUAAUCUACAAGAUCAUUUCCUCAACAUGGGUUUCUUUAUAACGUUUAAUCCCGAUGGAGGUAUAGCGGAAAACACAAUGGAUUUACUUUCUCAGUACUUCUUGUAUCAACAAGGUACUCUAGCAACUGUCGGUACGACUAAUAUUUGGGCUUUUAUAAACACGAAAAACGAUUCUGAAUAUCCCAACGUACAACAUCAUUUUAUUUUCCAUCCUGCCAACGAUAAAUUUCCUACAAACUCAUUGAUGAACGCUAUGGGUGUUAAAGAUGAAAUUCUACAGAGUCUGUUGGAUGUUUCCAACAAUACACCCGGUUUAUCCAUUUGUGCUACGUUAUUGAACCCGAAAUCUACGGGGAAGAUUCUUUUAAGGAGUAAAAACCCCGAAGAUAAACCCAUCAUCCAUUCCGGGUAUUUAACUGAAGGGGAAGAUUUGGAAGUGAUGCUGGAAAGUAUAAGAUUUAUGGAGAACGUUCUGGAUAGUCCCAUACUUCAAAAGUACAAUCCUAAGAUAGAAAAACUUCAUCUUCCCGCUUGCCAUCAAUACGUAUUUAGAUCGGACAACUUUUGGAAAUGUACUUUGAGAUACCUCGGUACGUCUUGCUUCCAUCCUGUAGGUACUUGUAAAAUGGGUCCGGAAGGCGAUCCUACCGCAGUAGUCGAUUCAAAACUGAAAGUGCACGGAAUACAUAGAUUGCGAGUGGUAGAUGCUAGCAUAAUGCCGAAGAUUGUUAGCGGUAAUACGCAUGCUCCGACCAUGAUGAUCGGUCACAAAGCUGGUGUAAUGAUAAGUGAUGAAUGGUCCAAUGAAUAAUGCGAAUUUUAGAAAACACGAAAUAUAAUUUAGUAGUAGAUAA